GAAACGUUUACUCAGGUGGUGGUGGAACGAUGACCACACCACACCUCACCACCUUCCCCACCAUCACAACCAGAUUCCCCGUUUUUUCCCUUGGCUUCUUCUUCUCCUCCAAAAUCUCAAGCCCAUCAAUCUCCACUCCGUGUUUGGUUCUUGGGUUAACUCUAUCAUCUUCCUCGAACAUCCCAAUUCCCACUCACCGCCUACCCCGGAAAUGGUCUCCCCGGAAAACACCAAUUGGCUCUUUGAUUACGGCUUGAUCGACGAUAUUCCUGUCCCCGAUGGAAAUUUUCCUGUAUCAUCUUCUGGUUUUAACUGGCCUGUGCAAACCCUAAAUGGCUCUUCAAGUGUCAGUGUGGAGAUUGAUGGCUCAUUAGGAGAUUCAGAGGGCCUUAAAGAAUCUGGAUCAAAGAAGAGGAGUAGAUCGGAAUCGCGGAAUGGAUCUAGCACCAAGGCUUGUAGGGAGAAGCAGCGUAGGGAUAGGCUUAAUGACAAGUUUGUGGAAUUGGGAUCUAUAUUGGAGCCUGGAAGGCCUCCUAAAACAGACAAGGCUGCUAUUUUAAUUGAUGCCGUCCGAAUGGUGCAUCAGUUGCGCGGUGAAGCCCAGAAGUUGAAGGACUCAAAUUCGAGUCUGCAGGAGAAGAUCAAGGAAUUGAAGGUGGAAAAGAAUGAGCUUCGUGAUGAGAAGCAGAGGCUCAAGGUUGAGAAAGAAAAGUUGGAACAACAACUGAAGGGCAUGAAUGCCCAACCUGGAUUCUUGGCCCCCCCUCCUGCAAUCCCUGCUGCAUUUGCCGCUGCCCAAGGCCAGGCUCCUGGCAACAAGUUGGUUCCAUUCAUUGGUUACCCUGGGGUGGCUAUGUGGCAGUUCAUGCCACCCGCUUCUGUGGAUACCUCGCAGGAUCAUGUUCUCCGCCCACCAGUUGCCUAAGCCCUGGUGUAUUUGGGGCACUUGGCUGUGUCCCUACCCAACCGAAGAAGUGUCAGUAGUCUCGUUGUUCUUGACUUUUAAUCGUUUUAAAUGUAGUCUUCUAAAUUCUAACUGAAUUUGGUUGUGAUUUGACUGUAUUUGCAACCUGGAUACUUAUCUAUGCAUUGGUGGUGGUAUUUUCAUGUAAAUGGCAAUAAGCUUAAUCUCUGUCAA